UCCUCCUCCCCAGAUGAGAAAACUGCCGAGCGCGCUGCACACCGACGUGCGUUUGUUUCACUCUCAGCCACAAAGUGCCCAAAGCACCGGUCCGCUCCGAGCCAAACACAGCCGAUCCACGGCGUGCCUCUGCGCCACCCCCCAAAAAAUAUCCCCCGCCUCCACCAACAACCACUGUUUUGUGGCAAUGGAGCCAUAGGCAGCCUCAGUGCGCUAAACUGUACCGAGCGAGUGAAAUAGCGGCGGAUACGAGGAGACAGCUGAGUCCAAGCGGCUAUGGAGGCUUAGGGAGACUGGAGUCUAGACUGAACGCAACUCAACAGAUCCACUCGUUCGGAUUACUUUUUGCGACAAACUUCGAACUCCAUCCUCAUUCUAAUUGUCAUUUAGACCAAGGAGCUUUUCUUUGACGACUGAUUCCAUCUUAGGCUGUCAUUGCACUGCAAGGAUGCAGGGGAAGAAGGCGAGGAUUUCCACGGGAUGCUGGAGACUGACGCUGCUGUCGUGCGUCCUGGCCCUGCACUUGAUCCCGUUGUACGUCCACGGAAACGUUGUUGGGACCAAUGGCACUGAGUCUGACAGCACGGCCAAUGUCACCUCGCUGCUCAACGAGGAGGAAGGGCCAGCCAAGGUCAAUGAGGUUAUCGCUACUGUAACAAGGAUGAGUAGCACACCUGCUUCUGACACUAUCAACACUGUGACCCUGAGGGCGGGCCGUAUCCCCCGUGCCGGUGAAGAGGAGGAACAGAGCAGCGGCAUGUUCGGUGAAACGGUGGUUCAGACGGUGGAGGAAGCUGGCGUGGCAGCCCCACCCCAGCUCAGCCCGGAUUCAGCUGAGACAGAGCACCUGUUACCUAGCAACCCGCACACACAGGGAGUCGUGGAGGGCAAGGAGGAGGUGGAUGAUGAGGAGGUGCGUGUGCCACACACUGACCCACCUUGGAUUCACGCCAAGGACACAGCUGUGUUUGACCUAGACCGCCUGUUCACCACCACCACCACUGCCCCGCCUUCAGCUGCCACUAAUCCCGACAUACUUCACGUGGACUUCUUUGACCCGUCUUCUCGUGGACGCGGCCUUGACCUAGCCCCACCAUCUCCUUCAUCACACGGCCACGAGCUGCAAGGUGGUGAUGCGACAUCUUGGGCAAUGCCAGAAAACUAUGACUACCUUACACCAUACGAGGACGGUGUUUCCCCAACAGCUGAUGAGUACACCUACAGCACCACAACUGAUGCUUAUGAGAGCGACGAAGACCUCCGACUGGCUGCUGGGUCUCCUGCACGCUCCAGGCCUCGGGUUCCAGGGUCUGGCUCAUUCAACCCAGUACUGAAUGUCCCUGUGGCGGCACCUCCAGCGGUCUUGCCUAACGGAUGCCGUAUUGGGUACCAGAUGGUAAACGGAAGUUGCCGCUCGCCCUGCGACAUGCAGCCCAACUACUGCUUCAACGGAGGACAGUGUUAUCUGCUGGAUGGCAUGGAGGUUUUCUGCAGAUGUAACGUCCAGGAUUACAUCUGGCACAAAGGUGCCCGCUGCGAGUCGGUGGUGACUGAGUUCCAGGUGAUGUGUCUUGCCGUGGGCGCCUCGGCUGUGGUGGCUCUGCUGCUCUUCAUGAUCAUUGUGUGCUUUGCCAAGAAGCUCCACGUGCUCAAGACAGAAAACAAGAAGUUGCGUAAGCGCAGCAGUAAGUACCGGCCUUCAUCGGAGCAGCACAAUGAUAAUUUCUCACUGUCCACCAUCGCUGAGGGCUCCCACCCAAAUGUAAGGAAACUGUGCGACACCCCUCCUAACGUCCCUCAUGCCCGUGCAUUGGCUUACUAUGAUAACAUUAUCUGUCAGGAUGAUCCUAAUUCCCAGAACAAGCUGGAGGACCAGGUGAAGGCUCCAACCAAGGAGGAUGACUCCCUCAACAUCCACAACUCUCUGACCCCCAAACAUGAGAAACACAAGGUCCUGGGCGAGGAGAACUCCUCGGAGGUAAACUCACUGCAGAACAACAUGAUGUGAAACAAAACAAAACCAACCCCAGCAACCUGACAACACAACACUGAAAACGACAAGGUGCUCCGGCAAUAAGAGCCUGCAAAGCAUUCCUUUGCUCUCUGUCCAUCCACUGCCGAGUGCUCCUAACUGGUCAACCAACCAACCAACCAACCAGCCUGCCAACGUACCAGCCAACCAACACAGUCUGCAACGUCUCCGACACGGCAACACUGCCAUUAAGCGGCCCCAAGUUGCUGCAAAAAAAAGAAAAACAUACACCGCGACUGUCACUGCCCCAGUUGAAAGUAACCCCACCCCCAGCCCCACCUUGCUGCCGCUCCCGCAAUCCAACCCUCAAAUCCAGUCAAGCCCCUGUUUCGCAGCCCCAUCCCUCCUUGUUGCUGUCACUCUACUGUCCCUUAUCUUUCUUACAUGCACACACACAGACAAACAUAAGCAGCAUACACAUAAUGUAAAAAGAGAAGUACAUUACCACACUUAUAUGUAUGAACACACAUAUUCCCCUGCCUGCAUUGGUGUAUUUUGUAAAAAGAAGAAAUCAUACAGAAGUUUAAAAACGUACGUAAAACGUCAUUGUAAAAAAAAAAAAAAAAAAAAGUUAAGAUAAAGCUACUGAGAGGUUUUGAUGUUUGUCUGACUAAUCCAGUGAGUAUGUAUAAAUAUUGGAAAAAAUUAUUGAAUCUGCUUGGAUUGAUUUAAAAGAAGCAACACAAUGUGUCUUGGUUUUCAUUGAUGUGAUUUCUAAUCCUUUGAUGUACUUGUUUAUGUUUUUUUUUGUACUUUUUUGGGACUUUGAACAGAGAAUAAACAAACGAGAUACAGACAGUUGUUGAAAUAAACCUUUUUAACAUGA